CCCAAGAAGAAGAAGGAGCCUACGUAGCUACGCGGUGGUGGUACGCGCUGGAGCUGGGUGUGAAGAUGGCGGACGAGGAGGCCGAGCAGGACCGAAGUCCUGAGAACAGUAUCAGUGAAGCGAUUAGGGAACUCAGACAACGGCUGCAAAAACUGCACGAAGUCGUGGUUAGAGAAAGCGGCGAGUAUCCAACCCAGUCCUCUUCCGAGUAUUGCCAAGAGUUUUGUAAGACACUUCUGGAGUAUGCAGGCCGUUGGAGGAUAGAGGAGGAGCCUUUGGCGCUGGUGGAGGUGUAUACAGUUGCACUGCUGAGCUACGCCCAGGCCUUUCCAUACCUCUCAAUGCAGUGUGAAAAUGUUUCUCUCGUGGUUGAGAGGCUCUCGCUGAGUUUUGUAGAGCUGUUGCUCUCUCUGAAGAUUGACCUUCCAAAUGGCUUAUGGAGGGAAUUCAAGUCAUCUGUGCAGUUUUCUAACAGCAAGAUGCAGGAGAAUGGAAUCACUCAGCUGUCCCUGCUCUCUGCUUUGGGCCAGUAUGAUGGUGUUUGGACAGACAGAGUCCUUCAAGGCCUUCUGUCCAACAAAAACCUACAGACUGAACAAGUUGAAGAGUUCCUGGUGCAGGAGGGGCUGGUGCUGUUGGAGAUGAGAGUGAAGCAGCUGAUGAAGGAGAAUCAGCUGGGCAAGGCUGCACUGUUGGCAAAAGCAUGCUCUGACUGCCCUGCCUUCCAGGGGAAGGGACCUUUCAAGCAGAUGUACCUUGUCUGCCUCUGUGCUACCUCAGAACAGGACCAGCUGAUGGACGAGCUUUCAAAGGAGGAUUGCCGCGAUGCAUUAGAGAUGAUCUGCAACCUGGAGUCAGACGGAGACGAGAGGGCAGCUUUCAGCUUAUGCUCGGCUUUUCUGACCCGGCAGCUUAUCCAAGGGGAUACAUACUGUGCUUGGGAGCUCACUCUGUUUUGGAGCAAGCUGUUGAAGCGAUUGGAGCCAUCAGAGCAGGACUUCCUCGACAGAUGUCGCCAGAUGUCCUUACUGUCCAAAACGGUGUACCACGUCCUCUUCCUCAUCAAGGUCAUCCAAUCAGAGAUUGACGCCGUUGGACUUCCAGUGUGCAUCGAAAUGUGCAUAAGGGCUCUGCAAAUGGAAUCAAAUGAUGGAAACACAAAGGCCACUGUGUGUAAAACUAUUUCCUGCUUGCUUCCAACCGACCUAGAAGUCAAGCGAGCCUGUCAGUUGACAGAGUUCCUCAUGGAGCCCACCGUAGAUUCAUACUAUGCCGUGGAGACUCUUUACAAUGAACCAGAUCAAAAAGUCGAGGAGGAGAAUAUGCCUGUUCCUAACUCUCUACGCUGCGAGCUCCUGCUAGUUUUUAAAACCCAGUGGCCUUUUGAUCCAGAGUUCUGGGACUGGAAAACACUCAAGCGUCACUGUCUAGCACUAAUGGGUGAGGAAGCUUCAAUAGUGUCAUCCAUUGACUUGCUGAAUGAUAAUGAGGACCCUGAAGAGGAGGAAGACUUCCUCAGUCAGGAGGGAUUUAUGAAUAUCCCAGAGCACAUAGUUAGCGGCACCUAUGAACUGAACGAUGUUACAGACAGGAAACAGAAAAACAGAGAGAUGAAAAAAUUGAGAGAAAAGGGUUUUAUAUCUGCCAGGUUCAGAAACUGGCAGGCAUACAUGCAGUACUGCGUGCUGUGUGACAAAGAGUUUCUCGGCCACAGGAUUGUACGCCAUGCACACACUCAUCUGAGCGGUGGAGUUUAUAGCUGCCCGAUAUGUGCUCAAACCUUUACUUCGAAAGACACAUUGAUUCCCCAUGUAACAUCACAUGUUAAACAAUCAUGCAAGGAAAGGCUUACUGCCAUGAAAACAAACAAGAAAUUAAUUAAUCCUAAAAUGGCUGCCCCUGUUACUGUAGCAUUAAAGGCUAAGACAGAAAACAAAGUUCAGGAAAAUGGUGAUUCCUUUGGCCAAAAUGUGGCAUUGACUCAGAAUGUUCAGGCCGAAGGGACUAGGUGUAACACAGAGAGUAGUGAGGACAAUGUAUGCCCUAUUGGAAAAUGCAGAAGAAGCUUCAAAUUUUUCAAAAAUCUCAUUGCACAUGUUAAAGCUCAUGGGGACAAUGAGGAAGCUAAGACUUUCCUUGAAAUGCAGAGCAAAAAGGUUGUUUGCCAGUACUGCCGCCGUCACUUUGUUAAUGUCACCCAUCUUAAUGAUCAUCUACAGGUCCACUGUGGUGUGAAGCCUUACAUCUGUAUACAGUUGAACUGUAAGGCAAGUUUUCUCUCUAACACCGAACUCCUUUUACACAGGAAAACUCAUUCUCUUUUUAAGGCUAGAUGCAUGUUUCCAAAUUGUGGAAAGAUUUUCAAUGAGGCCUUCAAACUCUAUGACCAUGAGGCACAUCAUUAUAAAACUUUCACUUGUAAAGCUGUGGACUGUGGAAAGGUUUUCCAUUCACAACACCAGCUGGAUUUGCACCAGGGCGGGCAUGCUACUCAAGAUGAGAAAAUCCCAACUUCUGAACAGAUCUCACAAAAUAUGCAGCCUGGCCCUUCACUCAUUGAACAAAUGCUUUCAAAUCACACUUCAAUUAAAAAAGAGGAUCCCCAAGAAAACUGGAGCAAUGAGACUGCUGUUAAUUUAAAAAAUGAAAGGCCGCCAGUGUCCAUUGAGAGUUUGCUGAAAUCUUCACCUGUGGAAGGACAACACAGAGUCAAACAUGAACCACAAAAUUCCCCUUUCUCAUCCACCAGCCAGUCACAGAAUUUGAUUAAUUCUGUCAUCCGGCCUGUGAAUUCUCACUUGUCUGAUCCAAAUAGACACAGACAUGGUGUAGGUGGUCAUUCUUUUGAUAACAUGAUACCACCCCAACAGGAUCAACCAGUACCUCCAUUUGAACCUAAUUUGGGUAGCGUGUCACAUAGCUGUAAUACAGAUGUCUUGCAAGGCCAGUCGCAAUUGUUUCCCGGUAAUUUAAAUACAGGAUCAAAGAAUAACAACUCUGACUGCCACUUACCAUUGUUAGGGCGACAAGGGCCAAUGGGUAGUAGCAAACUGUUAACAUCAGCACCGCCCCAGAACUCCAUAGAGCCAGCAAUGUCACAACCACUUCCUCCAACAGGAACCCCUCUGCCACUUCCUGGGAAAAGACCAGAGACAUCUGCAACUAGCACAGGUCCCCCUCCGGGACAGCGAGAGCGAUUUCACUGUGCAUUUGAAACAUGCACAAGGCACUACUGCUCCUACCGAAGUGUUACCAAGCACAUGAAAACUGUUCACCCAGAUUUUUAUGAGAAAUGGAAAGUUGCUCGAACAAAAAUCAAGAUAACAUAUGCUCCAGCAUCCAGCACACCAUCUGUUGGACAUCUUAGUUCACUCGCCUCAGUUCAGAACCAGCAGGGCGACAGAGUACCAGUUUGUGGCGUUCAGAGGCAGAACAUUAUCCAAUCACCUCCUUAUAGUAAUAUGGGUACUAGCUCAAACUGUACUAAUCUACAUUCCCAUUCCUCAUCUGGCCACAACCAGAAUGCUUCACUUAUGAUGGAAAGGGUUUUAAAUCCCAUUGUUCUCUCUCAGCUAGAAAGUGGUACAAAGCCAAUAGCAUCACAGUCCCAGGUUUCAGGUAGUCAAAAUUGGAACUUAGCCCCUGGAAGUGAACAACUUCAAAACUGUGGUUCUUCCCAAGUCUUUCCAUCUACCAUGCAAGUGAUUCCAGAAGUGGAUUCUACUAGUGCUCCUCUGCCUCUUAGUGUCCCAUCUUGCUCAAUGAUUGGCUCAACAAUGAACCAACCAGCAGAGUGCCUGCAGUCACCACUUAAGGAAAGUGGAUCUCGCCCAGUUCUGCCCUUGUACAUGGAGGGUGCUAAGAAAGUGUCUCAUCAAGCAAAAGAACUUAUACCCCCAUACACCUCACCAAUACCCAGCAGUUUAGUUUCUGGUUCCAGGGCACCAAAGAAACCUAAACCAAUGCAUAAGCACAUGCAGUCUAUCUUUUCCUCUUCAGACAGUGCCAGCCAAAAACACAGUAUAAACCAACCUCAAAAUGGCCCCAUCGUCUCUGAAAACCAUCCUGAAAAUCAAAAGCGAGCCACAAAAAGCAAAAGGACCAAAUGGCCAGCUAUUCUUAGGGAUGGCAAAUUUGUUUGUUGCAGGUGUUUUAGAGAAUUUCACAGUCCCAAGUCCCUCGGAGGCCAUUUGUCCAAGCGUGUAAACUGCAAACCAUAUGAAGAGUCGGAACUGAACACAGACCUGCCAACAUCCUUUCUUGACCUUCUCAAUUCCGAGCAAACGGUUGGCGCUGCUCAGCCACAGUUGUCUUAUAAUACUUCAGCUGUUUAUCAGGAGAAGCCUCAUCAGUCAAUAACAAAUGCUUCAGCUGUUUAUCAGGAGAAGCCUCAUCAGUCAAUAACAAAUGCUUCAGCUGUUUAUCAGGAGAAGCCUCAUCAGUCAGUAACAAAUGCUUCAGCUGUUUAUCAGGAGAAGCCUCAUCAGUCAGUAACAAAUGGGUCAAAAGCCACAAAAGAUUACCCUACCCCUAAUUAUUCACAAGAUAAUAUGCCAGUAUAUGGGAAUGGUGAGUCAAAUGAUGACAUUCUUAAACAAAUCAUGACUGAAUCCAACUUGUCUGAUCUUUUUGUGAACACACCUGCACACCAGUCAUUGUUCCGAAACCAUUGUGUUCCCUAUUUAGCUGGUGAACGCCUGCCGGGGAGCUCAGUCAUACAGCAUACAGAGAAUGUCCAGCUGAAGCGAGAGGACAUCUCGUAUAAUACAGCCCAUUAUCCUCAGCCUAGCCUUGAAAUAUUUGCUAGAAGUGAAUUCCCUGACCCACUUCUUUCUCAAAUUCUCAAGGAAACCCCUUCCUCUUGUGUUCCUGGAAGUUUUCCCACAAACCACAGUAAGGGGUAUCCCUCUGAAGCAACCAUUCAGACACCAGAUUCAAAUCCUGUGACUCAAACGCUGUUGCCUGAUAUCCAGCUAAGUCCAGCAACAAGUGGCAAUCCGGCUGAGACGCAAAGGAAGACAACUGAGCAAGAAAUUAAAAAGAGACUGCGGGAGCAGAUUUUGGCUGGCGACUUUCAACGAAAAAACAGCUUAUGCCAUUUAAGCAACACUGAUUCUAACGCUAAUUCAACAAGUCCCAUGUCUUUUGGCCCAAUGUGCAGUCCUUCCAAUAAUUAUGGACUUCAUCAAAUGUCUUGUGAUGCAAAGAGCGACUCUGCUAGUCAAGUCAUUCAAGAAGAAAACUCGACAAUCAUCGCAGAAACCUCUGGCGAAAUGGAACAACUACUGAACACACAGAGCUUUACUUGUUUCAGAGAGUCCUCCACCUUGCAGCAGGACGGACGGAGCCCCACAGCCGUCCUGGGCAACGAUGCAGAUCUUGAGCCCACUCAGUUAUCUGCCUGCCAGCAACAGUGGAUGACAGAAAUUCAAAGUGCAUUUGAACGGCUGGACUUAGUCAGACAAAUAUCUGAUCAGACGUCAGCUUUCUUGGAACAAAAAAAGAAUACCGUGGAACAAAAAAGCAAUGAACAGCAUGGUAUGAACAGCCAGAAAAAAUCCACAAAGGACUUUAUCAAGCCGUUUGCUUGUGAGAAUGAGAACUGCACAUUUAGUUCCAUGUCAGGUGAAGCACUUUGGAAACACCUCUCCAAAACUCACUGCUACACUAUUGAGAUGGUGAAUGUGGUUAAAAAAAGGUAUGGCCAAUAUGCUCCUUUCAAGUGUCAAAAAUGUAGUAAAAGAUUCACUCGGAACUCCAACCUUCGCGCUCACUACCAGUCAAUUCACAAACUGUCAGCUGAAGAAAUCACAGCGCUAGAUACGAAGCGCAGAGAGGCCAAUGCUGCUGCAUCUGCUGCUAUUAGAAGCGGUCUCUCUCCAGCAGCUCAAACCACAAUGGGCACCAAUUCAUCAGUCGAGAAGGAACCCCCUCGGUGUUCACUCAAAGAUGCAGUCAAACAUGAUUACCCAUCACAGGCAUUUGUAUCACUUCCUAAUAUGGACAUAACUAAUCAGAAAAUUCAAAUUGACAAUCGCUCCUCAGUUAUUCACCCCUUGCAAUUAGCUCCCAUACAAAACCAAGCCAGUAUGACUCCACCAGUACAGGCCCAUACCUCCACAUCAACGUUUCAGUCAGCACAAGCAGGGAUGGUGGCACAGCAGUGGUCACAUGGACUGCAAAGAAACUUGCCCAAGAUGCCCACUCAACACACAGGUGGAGCCCAUUUCCCCCAAGUUUCAGCUCUUCUCUCCCAGGCUCUGUCUGCUACACCUAAAGCAAAUGGGCCUCCAUCGCUUGAUGAACACAAUCAACCAACAAUCAACCGGCCGGCAAUAGUUAAGGCAAGCCUUGACAUAACCAAGAAGACAAAAGAGAAGAAGCCUAACUCUGGUGAUGCCAAGAGUCCGUACAGACCAUAUCGCUGCGUUCACCAGGGCUGUGUGGCAGCCUUCACCAUCCAACACAAUCUCAUCCUCCACUACAGGGCUGUCCACCAGUCUGCUCUGUCAGCAUUGGAAGUAAACAAAGAGCAGGACCAGAGUGAGGGACUGGAGGAAAUAAUGGACCAUGAUGAGGAGGAGCCAGCGGCAGAUAUCGCCCAAAUUUCUGAAUUCAGAUGCCAAGUCAAAGACUGCUCCCGAGUUUUCCAAGAAGUUCCCAACCUUUUGCAGCAUUAUCUUCAGCUGCAUGAAUUCAGUCUUGAGAAGGUCGGCAAUCUCUUGUCGAGCAUCAAGCUCGGCAAGUUUGCUUGUAGCCACCAGGGAUGCACAGCGUCCUUCACUGCUUUCUGGAAGUAUAUAGCACAUGUCAAAGAACAGCAUAAAGAUAUUAAGUUGGCCAAACCUGAACAGUUAAUUGGCUCUUUUAAGUGUGAAAUUGAAGGCUGUGACCGUUCGUAUGCCACAAAGUCAAACAUGCUCAGACAUGUCAUGAAAAAGCAUCAGGACCUGUACCAACCUAAACUUAAGAAUCAACCGAUAAAAGAUCGGAUGAAACCAAACUCACAGACUUUGCAUUACCAAAUUACCAAGACAAGUAAUGGGAAGGAAAACAUUGAGAGCAAUAAAAAGAUCCUACAGAGACGAAAUGAGGCCAAAAGAGUAAACAACAAUGCAAAAAAAAAUCACUGGACUAAAUAUGGCAAACCCUCCUUGAAAUCUAAAGUGGAGGCCUCUUCAAUGUGCACUAAGAAAUUUCCUCUACAAUACCCCUGUAUGAUUAAAGGUUGUGAGUCAGUCAUGAAGUCGGAACGGAGCAUAUUGAAACAUUACGUGGGACACGGACUGUCAGAAAAGUACCUGGAACAGCAAAGGAGUCACUUUAUAUUCUGUAAAAAGUUCCCCAGGCAGAAGUAUCGUUCCAUCAGGAGUGACGACUCCAAAUCGGACAACACCUCCGACCUGUCAGACAACGAGUUGACAGCAGACGCUGGCCUGGAAGGAGGGGAAUAUGGAUUUUCAAAGCCGGCCCUACGCAAAAGAACCGCCGCAGGGUCUCCUGCUACAUUGUUCGACAGCAAAUUAUCAAAUGAUGAAAGCUCUGAUGGCUCCGUGGUACUCAAGCGCAAACGUGGACGUCCGCGAAAACUGAUCGGAAAAGUAGUGAAACGCAGGAAAAUUCCACGUACGACCAAGGUUGACGUUGUUUACAGCAAGGACGAUGAAUCGGAUUCCUCUUGCCCUGCAGUAAUCCAGGACAUGACGGAGCAGAAUGCUCCACUGGCCUCUUUUAAACCAAUGGGAUUUGAAAUGUCUUUCUUAAAAUUCCUGGAACAGUCAAAUAAAUGUGACCAUCCGUUGACGAGGAUUGUUGAUGUGCCAGAGACAUGGAGAAAAACAUCCAAUCUGAACACAAAGGACACCUUUGUCAGGUUCAGCAACCCCCAGAAUUUAAAAUCACUUAGUAAAGUUAAAUUAAUUAUAGACCGGGCCUUUUCAAGUGUCACUGACCUCAUGUUAAAACAGCUGCAGGACAUGCGGCCCACAGUAGUAUUGUAACACAACUUUUCUUCUUUUUUUUGUAAAGCAGAAUCUCAGGACUAGAAUGAGUAAAAAUCUGCAGACUGGUGCCCUACGUAGGAAUAUUUUUUACACAUCCAGGUAUUAAAUUAUGGUUGUUUUGAUUCAUACUGUAAUAUCUGUACAAUUAUUCUUUUUUAUGGAAAAGUAUAUAGCAUGUUUUUAUGUAUAGACUGAUAAGUCAAAUGUACCUGAACAUUCAAAGAUGACGGUCUUGGUGUCUUAAUUAUCCCUGUGGGACUUGCAGACAUAUGGACUUCAAAAGGAUUGUGUGUGUGUAUCGUGUGUAGUUUGUGUUCCGAUGUUGAUUAUUGUGCAUUGAUUAUGUAGUCUGAAAUGACCCACUGCCACCAGCAGUCUUACUAUUAAAUCAGCUGUUUGUUUU